AGUUCAUUGGACAGGGUUUUCAAACCUCAUCUACGAUUGGUUGGUUGUGUAAUGACACUUCCUGCGCGCUAAAGUUAUGAAAGAAAACUCAUUUCACGCUUCACGAAAUGACAGCCACCACAACGCAAACUGAAUAGAACACUAGCUUUUUAUAAUAGUAGCUGAAUGUUGAAAAGGAAUCUAUGCUUUGAGGGUAAAAUGUUCCUAUGAAAGACAUGCAACAUUCAGGCAACCGUAUCGCCAUAGAACAUCGGUAGGAUAAUUUGUAACACUGCUGCAUGUUAUACCCCAGGUAGCAAGUUUAUCUUUAAUAAUUAUAGUUAUUCCGAUAGUUUAGGUUCGGUUUAACAAUGUCAGAUAGAUACAACGAUGUCAAAAUUCUUCUUAAAAACUGGGAGCGUACAUUUCUCCAGGAACACGAGCGAAAACCCAACAAGGAUGAUAUUGACCACGGCCCUGAGGAGACUAAAAAACUCUACAAAGAAUACCGUACCUUGAAAGAAGCUAAAGAGAACAACAAUAGUAAACAUGAAGCACCAACGCCAACUUCAGAGACCAACGGGACAACUAAGGAGUCAGACUGCUGGGGAUCCCACCUUAGCCGCAAGAACAUGCCUGUUGCUUCUCCAAAACUCACCUCCAUAGAAAGGGAAUCGUUGCAGGCCUCGGCUCAGUACUUUGGUAUGAAGCUGAAAUUAAAUCUUGGGUCUUUAACCAAGGACAGACCAGUGACCCUAAAAAAGUCCUACACUCCGCGGAAAACACCACUGAAGACGUUGAAGGCCAGCCAGGAGGAAUCAUGUCCCCCAUCAGUUACUGCUGAUGUUGAACUGCCUCUCCCAAAACCAGCCAACACGUGCCCAGACCCCAGUGCCACCCCUGCGCAAGCAGCCAACACAGACUUGGAUGUGGAGCCUCUUGAGCCUUUUAAGCCUUUACCAGCCUUCACCCCAUCCAAAGCAUGGCGCCCAACACCUGGUGCGUCAGGCAGCUUGGCAGAGAGAGCCCAGCAGCUGCGGCAGUCCGUAACCAAGCGUCUGUCGUCUGUGGACCACGGAUGGCUGCAGCGCUGUCAGGUGUUUGAUGAAGUGGAUGACUGCGAGAGGCCGGUCUCAGGCAACGUGGAGGAUCCUGGCGAGUCGGACGGCCACACUCCUUCGCCUCUCGCCGCCAGCAGCGCUGCCGUGGCCGAGCUGCUGCCGGCCCGUGCCAGCCCGAAUAAACCGGGUCCCGGGGGAGACGGAGUCGCCAGGAACACCCCGACCCAUCCGCAGCCUCCAGACGACAGGCCGCAGAUGGGUGGCGUAACGUCUCCAGCCGAAGCUGCCUGUCUCUGGGACAAGGGCCAUGGCUCCUCAUUAGAGCCCAGUGUUGGAGGAGGAGGAGGAGGAGGAGGAGGAGGAGAAGGAGGAGAAGGGGAUGGAGAAACCAGACCCGGUCUCGGAGGAGCUGGAAUGGGAGCGGAGUGGGUCGGGACGGAGCGGGCCAGUGGCAUCAGCACCGCCAAGAAACCCCGAGCGAGAGCCAGGAAAGGUCAGGAGGAGGAGGAUGAAGAAGAGCCUGUGCAGACGAAGAAGCGAGGCAAGGAACCGAGGCCGAAGGGGGCGCAGAAAAAGGGCCGAAAGAGGCCAAGGGACGAAGAUGAGGAAGAGGAAGAGGACAAGGGAGAUGGGGAGCAGAAACCAGCAGACUCUGAAGUAAAGCAGGGCACAGCCAAGAAGAGAAGGAGGACCAAAAAGGGAGAGACGAGCACUUCAGACAGCCCCAAAAAAGCAAGAGGCCCACGUGGGCGGAAAAAGAAAGGCACAGGAAGCGGAGGAGACGAAGGAGACGGCAGCGACCCCGAGGAGCUGGAGAAGAAAGUGGUAAAGCAGAAGCCUAGGAUCCCUCAGGAGAACCUGCUGGGGGAGGUGGAUGUGGAGGAUGUGAUGGCCGCCCGCUCCAGGGUAAAGAACUCUGUGAGGCCGAUAGGCACCAAAAACACAGAUGGCAACUUUGUGAAAAUCAACUUGAAGAAAAAAUCUCACGUCAAAGGAUAUGCCUUAAGGGGGGCCGGACUUCGUAAACAGAUGUACAUGCAGAAGUUCCAGCUGAAGGGCGAGCGCUUUGGCGGGUUCUCGGGUCGAGGCCGAGGAGGGUUCUCUGGGCGAGGAGGCCGAGGAGGGUUUGGGGGUUUCAAUCGCCCAGGAGACACAUGCUUCAAGUGUGGUGGCACAGGCCACUGGGCUUCGAACUGCCAGGGAAAAGGUCCGGCUGCUGCGGUGGACGGUGGCGCCUCUGACGCCGAAGAAGAGGAGCCGUUCGAGCUGCCCACCCUGGAGGAGGUUGCCCGGGCGACUGGAACUCUUUGCUCGGAGCCCAUAGUGGUAGCGCCACCAAGUGCGGCGGAGGACGCAGAUGAACAGAAGGAAGGACAGAAGGACAAGCAGGAGGAGAUCCUGUUGAAUGUGAUAAGACCAGACUAUGAGCGGCCUGCUGCUCCAUCUCCAAUGGAGCCCCUGUACAGCCUCACGGAGGAUGGAAAAGUCAGAGCUGCUCCAGAGGAAGUCUUCGAGGCCCUCAGAGACUUUGGAUACAAAUCCUUCAGGCCCGGACAGGAGGUGGCCCUCAUGCGGAUCCUCUCUGGCCUUUCUACCCUCGUGGUGUUGUCGACUGGCAUGGGUAAAUCCUUGGUCUACCAACUUGCAGCUUAUCUCUAUGCCCAGAGGUCAAACUGCAUCGCACUUGUGAUCUCUCCUCUGGUGUCUCUCAUGGACGAUCAGCUGACAGGGUUGCCUUCCAUACUGAAGGCCGCUGCCAUCCACUCCAACAUGUCAAAGAAACAGAGGGAAACGGCCAUAGAAAAGGUAAAAGCAGGCCAGGUGCACGUGCUGCUGCUCUCCCCUGAGGCGCUGGUGGGUGGGGGGCACUCUGGCGCGGGCUGUCUGCCCCCAGCUGACCAGCUCCCCCCAGUGGCAUUUGCCUGCGUUGACGAAGCCCACUGCGUGUCCGAAUGGUCCCACAACUUCAGGCCCUGCUACCUCAGACUGUGCAAGGUGCUGAGGGACCGUCUGGGGGUUCGCUGCCUGCUGGGUCUGACAGCCACAGCCACCCUCUCCACGGCCCUGGAUAUCGCCCACCAUCUGGAGAUCACAGACGAGGAUGGCAUCGCUGUUCGCUCUGCUGCCGUACCACCCAACCUCCAGCUCUCCGUCUCCAUGGACCGAGACAAGGAUCAGGCCCUGGUGUGUCUGCUGAAGGGAGAGCGGUUUGGGGCGCUGGGGUCCAUCAUCAUCUACUGCACCAGACGAGAGGAGACCACGCGCAUCUCUGCACUUCUGCGUACCUGCCUGCAGGGGGUGAUAGUCAAGGAGCCUGCCCUCCCUGCCAAAGAGGAUGACAAUCCUGUAGGCAAGAAGAAGAAAGCUUUGGCCAAGAAGAAGAUCCGUAAGCCGAUAAAGUGGAUCGCCGAGUCGUACCACGCGGGCAUGUCUUCCUCAGAGAGGCGGCGGGUCCAGAAUAACUUCAUGUGCGGCGAGCUGCGGGUGGUGGUGGCCACCGUGGCCUUUGGGAUGGGCCUGGACAAGUCCGACGUGCGAGGCAUCAUCCACUACAACAUGCCCAAGAGUUUCGAGAGCUACGUGCAGGAGAUAGGACGUGCGGGACGAGAUGCAGAGCCUUCUCACUGUCACCUCUUCCUGGACCCGGAGGGCGGGGACCUACAUGAGCUGCGAAGGCACAUCUACUCCGACACCGUGGACUACAUCACCGUGAAGAAGCUCGUACAGAAGGUGUUCCCACCCUGCAAGUGUAGACAGAUUCAUCAGAAGCACCAGGAAAUGGCUCUCCCUGGAAAGGCCGCGGAAGUGGACGACGAUGAGAUGCUUGAGUUGAUGGACGCCUGUGAGGGCUUCGAUGACGGGGAGCGGCCAGGGGUGGAGCCGCCUAAAGACACGCCCAUGGAGGAGGCACCUGACCAGAUCCCCAACACGGAAGAGAAGAACGUACCACUGAGCCCCACGGGGAAGGGGGGACCGCAGACACAGGCCGUCACUCUUCCUGAAGAGGAGGGGAACGUGGGAGAGACGCCUGGAGAAGAGAGAAAGGAGGAGACGUCUGAAGGAGAGAAGGGCAUCACCGUCACGCAGAGAGUGUGCCACACCCACGAGAGAGCCAUCCCAAUGCAGGACACUGUGGAGGCCCUGGACAUCACAGAAGAAGGUCUGGAGACACUGCUGUGCUACCUGGAGCUGCACCCCCAGGCCUGGGUGGAGCUGCUGCACCCGACCCUCUCCAACUGCAGCAUCCAGUGCUACGGAGGCUCGCAACAGCUCCGCACACUCACUAAAAUAUGUCCCCCUGUGGCGGUGGCCCUGGCGCGGAAGAGGAUGGCAGGGGAGAAGGUGGAGGGCUGCAGCGGGCUGGAGUUUGAUGUGGUGGAGCUGGCCGACACCAUGGGCUGGCAGUGUUACCUGGUCAAGAGAGGACUGAGACAGCUCCAGUGGGGCUCAGGGACAUUUGGUGGCACAGGAAGGAGUGGUGUCCACGUUGAGUUCAGCAGCUUGUCCUUCUACUUCCGCUCCUAUGGCGACCUGACCCCGGAUGAGAUGGACCAGGUGUGUGCUUUCCUGCACGGGCGCGUGAAGGCUCAGGAGAUGACACAGCUCUACCAGCUCAAGGCCAGUUUCAAAGCCUUCCGCAGUGUUGCAUACCGGAACUGCAGCCUCUGCGUGGAUGAGCUUGAGGAGGAGAGAAGCCUGAAACUCAAAGAGCUGCUGAGUGAAUACUUCGAUAAGAGGAGAGACCUGGAUAUGAGCAAAGAGUUCCAGCAGGAAAAGGAAGAGGAGGAAUCACUUAACAAAUUCAAGUUGAAGGAUUGGGAGGACCAGAUUCGUGCCGACAUUCGAGGCUUCCUGGCCAACCGCAGUGACGAGAAGUUCUCUGGACGGGCUGUGGCGAGGAUAUUCCAUGGAAUUGGGAGCCCGUGCUAUCCUGCCCAGAUUUAUGGCAGGGACCGCCGUUACUGGAGGAAAUACAUUCAGUUUGAUUUUAAUGAAAUCAUCCGCUUUGCUACACAAGAAAUAAUAAGGACAAAGUGAUAAAAAAGGAUGAACUUAUUCUUGAGUGGCCACUUUGUAGUGAACUUCACAGUGCUGCCCUCUUUGUAUAUAUGUAUCUGUGAGUGUCUGUAUAUUUUAGAGAUGUGUACUGUUUACGGUGUUUUUGUACUUUGAAUUAGUUUUCAUGUGAAUAAAAUGUUUUUUGUAUUAA